GCGGAAAGACGGCGGACUUUUUGUUUAUGUUUGAAAGUUUAAAAUGGAAAGAGAGCAGCGUUUCCCCGUUUCCCACUUUCUUUAACUGUCUAUGGUUUCCCACAAUGAAUUUAGGUUUUUUUAAGGUCAUGAAAGAUUAGCUAGCUUACUUUGAUCAAUUCACGGUCAUCAACAAGGACAUUUGGUUGAGCAAAGUCGUCCGCUGGUUAACAACGGUUAUUAAUUUCGUGACUCAGGAAGCUCUACAUAUUUAUCUAUCCAGCAAUGUUACCUAUGAGGAGGACCAUGAUGACGCCUCUCAAGCCUUCCACGAAUACUUCAGCUGCAACAAAGAUCAAAAAUAAGAUUCUCAACACCUCCUCCUUCUUCAAGGUCUCUUUGAAGACCAACAACAAGGCCUUAGCCCUUGCCUUGGAGGCACAGAAGGAGAGGAGCAGGCAGCUGGAGAAUGGGAUUGUGUACUAUCAGAGACAAGUGGAGGAACUGUGCUUCGAGCUGGCCGCCAAGAAAUACAAGCACAGGAAACUGCUCCUCAUCCUGAAAACCCUCCACAGCAACACUCUGCAGCACUUGGACAUGGUGGCUGACCUGUUCUCUGACAGUGAUCUUCCUAAACUGUCUGAGGACAACAAGACCUUAUCUGGUGACAUCGACAAAGAAAAUCUUAUAGCGGCAAGUCUUACAGAUCGGAGACCUCCUCAGCCAGAAAUUUUAGGGGAUUUGUUCUGUCCCCUCCGAAAAGUAACCGCGGACUUGCCUGAAAAAAACAUUGGUGCAAAUAUCUUCAAUAUCCAGAACAGACCACGAGAGGCCACUGAUAUUUUCUGUGAUAACAUAGAUGCUGAGAAAAGGCAUUCAAGCCAGCUUAUACAAGCUCCCCAGACAGGAACAUCCCGUCCGUCCAGCAGUCUUAGGGUUGAAGUGGAGAGGCUGUCGUCGAUGUUCUCUCAAUCAUCGGUGUUUGAUAUGAUUCCGAACAGUCAAACCUCCUCAGCUGUAAGCACGUGUGAAAAACCUCAGCCAUCUGUUUCUGACGACAUUCCCCUACCAAGUAGCUCAUCCAUGGAAAUGGAACCAGAACGUGGUAACAAACAAGAGAAGACUGUGCUUCUGGAUACAACAAUGGAGAUGACGCAAUGUAAUGCUCCUGAGAUAGUCACUGUGGCAACCAAGGCCAAGAAAACGGGCUGCUCUGGCAAGCCGAAAAGCAAGAAGAACAAGGAACAAGCCUGUGGGUCAAGUGUGGCUGAAAAUCCACAGGUGAAAAAAACUGUGGAUUCUAGGUUGAGUGAGGUUCAGAGUGCUCCCACUGGCACGUUGUUACAGACAGAUGGCCAUGCACUAGAGGAUAACACACACUCAGCGUCAGAGUCACCCAAAGCACAGUGUAGGAGUGUCCUCACAUCUCGCAUUCCCAAAUUUAGCAAGUCUAAAGCCGUCAACAAUCAGAAAAUGGUAAAGGACAAAUUAAAAUCCCGUGACCAUACCGAGUCAAAAACAGUGUCCCCGGACAUUGCUAUGCCGGACAUGGACGAUUAUUUCAUGGAUCCUGAAAAUGAAUUACCAAAAGCCAGCAAAGGUGUAAAAUUACCACAGGAGAUUAAUACGACGGAAGAGGCCGCGUCCAAUAUCACAUGCAGGAGGUCCAGGAAUAAAGGCAGGAGCCGGUCUUCGGUCGCCAGGAAAACGUUUUUCACUUUGCCUCCGCUAUCGCGUGAAAGUGAGUGCGGUCGGUCCAAGUUGGACCAGGUCCAAAACGAAGUGGAAGAAGUUGUUCAGGGAAAAUAUGAAGCAUGCAAAGACCAAGAACUUCCAGAAGAGUUCCAGCUUUGUGCAGAUAAAGUCACACAUCCAGAGUCUGCACAUGAGGACAAUAAUCCACAGCACAAAAUAAAGGCAAAUUUUGGGGCAAGUCAGAAAUCGAGAUGCAGAGGCACGUUCGUCGUCUCAGUGGCCAGAGAUGGCACCUCACCGAACGGAGCAUCAACAGCAGAAGGUGCCGUAGAGCAGGACGUAACACCUCCUACAGGAUCCUCGGACCGUGAGACUAUGGAUGCUGGUGUCAUUCUGAAACAUUCAGAAUCGAACCUGCUCAGCGAUGGAGCCUCUGUCAAGGAAACACCGAGCUCCUGUGAGCGUCCUUGGUUGGCCACUCUGGAUUCAGGAAGCCCUCAAGAUGGUUUGAGCUGCAACGAUAAACGCGAAGUACCGCCGCUGGACAAAGACUUCACUUCAGGAACAGAGUUUCAGAAACCUAAAAAAGCCAGGAGAGAAGAAACUAGUCGAUCCAGUAAGAAGAAAGCCGUGCAGAGGGAGGAGUGUGUUGAUCAUUCAAAUGACAGGAAAAAGAAGGAAAAAAGUAGCCGUAGCAACAACAGAUUUAGGUCCAAAUUGGACCAGGUCCACAACGAAGUGGAAGAAGAAGUUCAGGGAAAAUAUGAAGCAAGCAAACGCCACGAACUUCCAGAAGAGUUCCUGCUUUGUGCAGAUAAAGUCACGCAUCCAGAUUUAGAACUUGAGGACAAUAAUCCACAGCACAAAAUAAAGGCAAAUUUUGGGGCAAGUCAGAAAUCGAGAUGCAGAGGCACGUUCGUCGUCUCAGUGGCCAGAGAUGGCACCUCACCGAACGGAGCAUCAACAGCAGAAGGUGCCGUAGAGCAGGACGUAACACCUCCUACAGGAUCCUCGGACCGUGAGACUAUGGAUGCUGGUGUCAUUCUGAAACAUUCAGAAUCGAACCCGCUCAGCGAUGGAGCCUCUGUCAAGGAGACACCGAGCUCCUGUAAGCGUCCUUGGUUGGCCACUCUGGAUUCAGGAAGCCCUCAAGAUGGUUUGAGUGGCAACGAUAACCACGAAGUACCGCCGCUGGACAAAGACUGCACUUCAGGAACAGAGUUUCAGAAACCUAAAAAAGCCAGGAGAGAAGAAACGAGUCGAUCCAGUAAGAAGAAAGCCGUGCAGAGGGAGGAGUGUGUUGAUCAUUCGAAUGACAGGAAAAAGAAGAAAAAAAGUAGCCGUAGCAACAACAGAUUUAGAUCUGAGGACGCGGCAUGUUAUCUUGAGGACAGCGGUGACGCCUCACCUCUCUGUGGUAUUGAUGGUCCCGACGGAAACGACAAGCAAUUAGAAGAUUUACGAGUGGUUGACUCACAUUCCAGGAUCAGUGAAAAGGAUGAAAUCUUUGAACAUUUGUUUGAUUCAAACCCCAACGUCGGGUCCAAGUCCAAAAUGGCUCAGGAUGCAAAACGGUAUAGAAAGACUUCCAAGCUUCAAACACGCACAGAAACCAGAAAUCCACGGGAAACCAGUGACGAGGCAGUUCAUCAGAAACUGGGACACCUGCUGGCGGAUGAGAUGCCCCCGUGGCUGGACAUAGAAUUCAGCGUCGCUGACACAGAGGUCGGCUCUUUACCCGCGAGUCCCAGGAGGGAGACAUCAAGCAGGGCGGCAGUGAUCGAGGAGUCUGCUGCUGUCGCAAUGGAUUAUUCUCCAGCAGGACGAGUCUUGACAUCUCUAACGAACACCCCAGACAGGGAAAAUGGGGGGAGAACCAGGAGACGAAAAGGCGUCGUCAGUUAUAAGGAGCCGACCCUCAACAGCAAAAUGAGGCGUGGAGACAAAUUCACCGACAGCGAGUUUCUGAGUUCUCCGGUGUUUAAGGACGGGAAGAAAAAGAAGAAGAAGCAGCAGCAGCAGCAGAAGAUCAAUCCAAAGUUGGAUGAAUCCAUUUUUAUGGACUAAAUAAUAUUAUUAUUAUUAUUAUUAUAUUAUUUUUGGCCUGGUUUAUUUUAAGUUAUUUGGUUUUCUUAAGAUUAAUAAAGACCUUUUGGUCUUGGUCUUUUGAGUCACACUUCAAACAUUGUUUGCUGGUUACCAUUUUUGUACCGUAUAUUAUAUUCUUUGUAUAUUGUGUGUGCAAACAUGGAAACUACUCUGUAUGUUCUGAUAACCACUGUUCCACUUAUUUCCCAGUAUUAUCUAGUUGGUAAUGUGUCAGAGAUGGACAGGGGGUUGGUCAUAAAUGAUUCAGUCCAGACUGUUCACCUGAGAAGUCUGUUCUGCAUCGCUGUCUAAGGCUUGUGUUCCCCCGAAAGGUUACCAUAUUCAGUGUUGCACGACCGCAGCCAACCACGUGUACGUUUUUUUAGCAUCAUGCAAACAGAAGGUCUGUAAGCUUGUUUACGGUCAUACAGAAUUGUGUGGUGAGUACAGAUGCUUGCAUGUUGACCUUGUUUUAAAUAUGCCACUGAUUGUUUUUUUGUUUUUUUUUUGUCUGCUCAUUAAAAUUUGUUUUUGCACAGGA